UUUGCUUCGCGUAGCCAUUGUUCGCGGCGCCACCGACACGAACACUUCACCGCACUUCAUGCUUGUGGCUGCAUCAUCGUGAAAUUCGUGAGUGCGCUGCGGAGUGAAAGCUUCUGGCGUGUCGCCGCGUCGCCCGUGUGCGGAAUCGAAACGGAGUUUUAUUUACAGUCGCGCGCGCGAUCUCCAAUUACGAAGGUGCAUCGUACACCGCUGCAAAUCGCCGCCGAACGCCGUGCAGUGAGUGCGAACAUUUCGUUUAGUUUCUGAUUUUCCAACCACACAACCAUACAACCACAAUAUCUCGCAGGCACGAACCGUCCUCGUCCGAAAAAAUCAUCCGGAUACCAAACAUUCAACUCUCCCAGCUGAAUAAUCAACAAUCAACAAAAACAAACACGAAUCGUGUUUAUCUGGUGGUAUCUGGUGACAUUUCUAGUGAGAAAACCCCGGAAACCAAUUGGGAAAUCCCCGCCAUCGCUAGGAAAACAUCAAAAUGAAUGUCAUCAUCAAAUUCUAAUUGUAAAACAACCCCUUGGUUCACUUUAAACAAGUAGAAACGAUCCAGUGAAACAAACCAUCAGUGAAUGCACACAAAUGGAAAGUGUCAACAUCAUUCCGAUGACUUUUCCAAGAGGUUAAGUACACACUCAUCAUCAAUAUUCAAAAAGGAAGAUAAACUAGCGUAGCGUGGAGCAGCGAAGCAUGUGCAACUUGCCAACGGUUGCCUUCGCCAUAGGUCACAAUCGAUGCUGCUGCAUAUGGCUGUGCGCGAAGUUGGUUAACAACACGUAAUACACAAGAAGAGAUGCACUCGAAUGGGGGGCGCGAGUGCGCGCCGAAGAUGGUGUGCAUGUACGACACACCGUGCGACCCCACGGACGGCAACUACGACAAGCAGUUCUGUCCGAACAACGAGCUCAGCGAGCCGCCAAGGGCACGCUCGGAUCGCUUGAAGACCGGGUCGAGUUGUCAGGCGCUCAAACACGCCGUGGCGUCGCUGCAUCGCAUCGAUGACUUCCACAAGGAGAAGAUUGGUUCGGGGUUUUUCUCUGAAGUCUUUAAGGUUACGCAUCGUGUGACAGGUCAAGUGAUGGUGCUGAAGAUGAAUCUACUGCGUUCGAAUCGGCGCAAUAUGCUGAAGGAAGUGGAGCUGAUGAACAAGCUCUCGCAUCCGAACAUUUUGGUCUUCAUGGGCGCCUGUGUCCAUGAGGGGCAGCUGCAUGCGCUUACUGAAUACAUCAAUGGCGGGUCAUUGGAACAACUCAUCCAGAAUCGCUCCGUGGAACUGCCACAACCGUCCAGGGUGUCGCUGGCGCGCGAUAUCGCUCGCGGCAUGACCUACCUGCACUCGAAAGGGGUUUUCCAUCGGGACCUGACAAGUAAAAACGUCCUAAUCAAACUCCUUGACUGUGAUGAAAAGAUAGCCGUCGUGGGUGAUUUUGGGCUUGCCGCACGCAUCCCCGAUCCCACUUCAUCCGUAAAAUUAUGCACGGUUGGCUCCCCGUAUUGGAUUUCGCCCGAGUGCCUAAAAGGACACUAUUAUGAUGAGAGUUCGGAUGUCUUUAGCUAUGGAAUUGUGCUGUGUGAACUGAUUGCGCGCGUUGAAGCCGAUCCGGACCAGUUGCCACGGACGGAUAAUUUUGGUCUGGAUUACCUCGCCUUUCUGGAGAUGUGCGAGUCGUCCGUCAUCCCCGAGUUUCUUGAGCUGGCGUUCAAGUGCUGUUUUAUCGAACCGCGCAAACGGCCGCUCUUUGCUGAGAUUGAUCCAUUGCUGACGCGGAUCCUGAAUGAGGCGCCGCCGGCGAUGCGGCUUCCUGGUUGUGCUGCGGCGAAGAGCGUGGAGCAAUUACCUGCUUUAGCUGCGCAACCCAAUGCAACACAUAGGAAAAUAUCGCAUCGAAGAUCAUUCAGUGAAGAUGUUUCGACAUUUUGUUUAUCAACAGCACAUUCAUCGCCCAGCGAGAAGGCGCGUCGUCAUGCGAUUACCAUGUGCCAUCAGGACCCGCACUACAAACCACGUACGACGAAUCCCUUCGCGGCGCUCGCGCAGUUUCGCGGUGUGAAAAAGUUUCUCGGUAAUUUCUCGUCGUGUUGUGAACUCCAACCGCCGCUGGACAAUGAUCUGGCACCUUCGGAUUCCCCGCGUUCCCUCCCUGGUUCACCGACACCAACGCGUAAAACCUCGGGGUGUGGUGGUAGUAAUAAUCAAAAAUCUGGUACAAGGGACCUUUUUCGUACCGGUUCAUCCACAAAUCUUUCGGAGUGUGGUGUGACUGAAACCCCACAGCCGGUGCUCCGGCGACGUGGUUCUAGCGAAUCAGGGUUUUAUUCAUCAGUGGGUGAAUGUUUAUCGCCCAGUUCGUUGUGGGAUAGCGGUACGGCUGUUAGCUCACUGCGAUCUUUAGAUGAGUUAGAACCAGCGGAACUCCACGCGCUUUGUAAGCGCGCUUCUUCGAUUUAUACCGACAGUAGCGAGGACAUAUCGAGCGUGGCUGGGUCCGAUUGGGCAGCGCAGGAUCUCCAGCCGAAUAUUUCUACUAUUGUGGAUUAUUUUGAACGGCGGUCAUCCAAACAACACCAUCAGAAUCCCCGCGCAAGGAAAACGCUGGAAAGACCGCCGAAUAUGCCUACGGCCACAACGAUUGCCAGCGCGCAUUUGUUACCACAACGGAAUAAAUGCUCGCGGCUGGUGGUAUGUGAGGGUGCCGUGCGAUCCAAGCUGCCGCUGUUCGACAAGAAACUCUGAUUGCUACUGAGCCGGCCAGUCUUCCCGCGCUGAUCGAUUGUUGAUCUUCUAGUCACGAUUCACACACUAUGGCGCCGCUGUGCGCCGCUCGCCGUGAACGAGAUACUUCCUGUGAACUACCUGCAAAACAUUGAUUAAUAUUAUAUAUUUUUAAGAUGCUGACGGCCUAUGCGUCGUCUCGGGCAGCUGCAUUUCGUCGUGACACACGAAUCGACUGUGUACAAAGAGUAAUUAUUGGAAUGUCAAGGGCAGAAUUUUAUCAGCACUGCAAAAACAGUCAAUUUAAACCUAACUAUAUUAACGUCUAUCUUCUAUUACGCAUCAAACCGGUGAAAAACGAAUAUAUUUACAAACGAUGUUGUUAAAUUUGUUUAUGGUUACGAUUACGGUUUGUUUUUCAUAUACUAGUUAUCCACUUGAUCAUCUUUUGACUGAUCCGGUCGCUGUAAAUUAAUCUGGAAAUCAAAACGCAGCGAUCGGACACACACACACAACCUUAUCUAGCUCGCUUGUUUUAUUCAAAUGUUUGGAGUACCUUCUUAUACAUAAGUUCCUUUCUGUUUGUUUCUCUUCACUCAUGGUUUUGUAACGAAGGGGUACAUAUACAUAGAUGGUGCAGUGUACGAAAACAUUUUUACUGGUGCCACGAGGCACUCAUACUAGUGUGUGCGAGUGUUAUAUACGAGUAUAUAUAUAUUUUGUACUUUAGAGAUGAAUUAUAAAAGUAUUAGCGCAAAUCGGAUGACGAAAUGAAUAAUAUUCUGAUCGGGGAGUCAUUGUUAGCCAGGAAUGUCAGCGACCGUCCAAAGAAACACACAAAUGAAAAGCAAUUCGAAAUCGGCGAUUCUGUUACAGCGUAUUAUUCAUUGGUUAUUCAUCUUUUGCGAUGCAAUAUAUGAGACACACGGCACUGAUUUGUAAAGAGAUUUAUUCACAUAAGUUCUAAGUAAUUUUACGUUUAUAAUUAGUUUUUAGUUACGCGCGACGGCGAUAUUUCCUUCUGUUUUUUGUUAUUGUAUCACCGCUACGUAUUUGCUCGCCGCUCGCCACGAGAUUGCAAGUGAUUUUUAGUUGUGCGCUAUUGAGUUAUGGAGUUUUUGAUGACUGUCGAGAGGGCGAACUUGUGAACCUCUAGGGAAAUUUCUAUUUAAUUGUGAAAUGAAACUGUAUAUGGGGCAAAUGUGAGUGCAAGAUUGGGCGACAAAAUGUUUAUAUCUUGAUUAGUGAAACAUUAAUGAAUGAUGAACGACAAGAAAAUAAAGAUUUUUACAUAGUA